AUGCCAGAGUCUCGUUCGUUAUCGGAAUUAACCAGACAAAUCGCUCCACCAACUAAGAACGGCCAUGCACCACCACCCACGGAAUCGAGAAAGAGCUAUCAAUCUGUCAAUCCUGUCCGUGUCCGGGCCGGUUUCAGCUUUGCAACCAUACUCCCCCCGGAACCCAAAGACUUUGGUUUCCCGGAAGCUGCCCGGCGGGUCAUGGGAAUAACGCCGCCGCAUCGCCAGUCGGCAUCGUUUAUGGUCGGAACUACGACGGAUCAACCAGGUAGGGAAGCGCGAGCGGGAAAGCCCCGGGAGACGGAGGACACGGAGAAGAGCGAGAGCGAGAGCGAGAGCGAGAAGGCCGGCCGGGCCGGGGAGGAGGAGGGGUGGGAAGCGAGCACAGGGGGCGGAACCACGGGCGCUCGACAACGGGACAGCGGCAGCCGACACGAACGAGCGGCGGGCGGGAACGGGAACUCAAGCGGCCGGACACACCCCCCCACGCGGGGGGGGGUCCGGCACCCGUCCGCACGCACGUCGGCGACAAACCGCGCGCCGGCGAGCGACCGAGCCACAGCGGGAGCGCACACGCACGCGCUUUUUCCGCACGCCCUCGGAACGCAACACCCCCCCACAACUCCGACAACCACGACAACGGACAACUUUUUUCCUCUUUCCGUGCCUCCCCCACGCCGUGGCAUCGGGAGAGCCGGGAAGGUCGGCCGCACCGGGCGCAGAGCCGGGCGGGGCAAAUCGGGCACGGUGGUGGUGGCGGCGGGAGAGAAGCGACCGGCGAACGCUCGCCCGCGGGAAACGACGAUUCCCCGAACCAUCACCACCGGAGGGGACGAACCGCGGGGACGGGCGGGGCGGGGGACGGCGGGGGCCGGACCGGGAAAGGCCACCCGUCAAGAACCCGACAACACCCGCGUCGACCCGCCGCGAGACGGACACCCUCCCGACAAACGCGGCACGCCAGGGCCUUACUCGUCGCGGCACGGAGACGCACCGGCGGGGUGCGGCGGGCGCUCACGGACGGGAGCGGGGACCGCAGCGGGCCCCCCCAGCACACGGCAGCGAGGCGCAACGCCGGGGGACGCGGGAGACUCCCCGACCCUCCGGGCGGGGUCGGGAGACCACGAGCAAGCGGGAGAGACCACACCGAAAGGGGGACGGCGGGGUGACCGGAUGGUGGCCGGCAGCCCGGCGAGAAGCGGAGGAGGAGGGACCCGCCGUGAAACCGGGCGGCGUCGUUGCACCCUACGUGCCCGGCCGCCCCCCAUUCGGGGGGUCCGACAGCACGGCCGCGGGUCGGCCAGACGAGGAAAGGAGGAGGGAGAGAGAAAAAACCGGCGACGGGCGGGGAGGGGGGAACGACACGGACGAACGAGGGCCGGCGACGACGACAGGAGCGCCCGCGACCCAGCCUCCCCCCGGAAAGCGCCUCACAAGGUGACCCAGAGACCGCCAGCCCGGGCGGCGACGGGGCACGCGGGGUUGAACCGGCGGGAAUCACACUGCACACUCCCCGAGCAGUCCCGCCACCACGCCCACGGCACCGAGCCGACCCAAGACCGACGGGCCCCCGGGAGCCCCGGGAGACACCAACACGAGAGAGACCGAGACGGACACACCGACGCCGACCGCCAGAGACCCUCGAGCGGCAGCGGAUCCCGACGUCCGACGACGCGCCGGACGCGGCCAACCACCGUUCCCCCAAAAACGUCCGCCCCCGAGGGUGCGAUCAAGUCCCGCAAGACACGGGCCCUCCCGGACACCGAGGAGGGGGAGGAGAUCCCGCGAUUUCCCCCGGUCGUGGGAACACUGCCGCGGAAGGGGGAGCGAGGCGACCACCGCACGGCCCGAGAGCACACACGACACGCACCACACGCGCGGUGUACGCCCGGUCGCGGGAGGGGCACAAGACGUGAACGCGCGCGGGCCAAGGGGACGCACGCGGCGGACGGCACGGGAGGAAGGGGAGACGGGUGGGACCGGGAGCCCACCGCCGCCAUCCCCACCCUCCGCCCCACGGCGACCCUCGGGAGCCGACCGAGGCGGGAAGACAACUCGCAGCGAAACGGAGCACGGGAGGCAACGCCGGGGAACGGGAAGCGCCACCACCAGCUCAGAAGCGGGCACCUUGGCAAUCAAAGCCGGGAACGCUCCAGGAGCACCAGAGGCUCGCGAAAAGCCGGGCGCACACAUACCCGACGGGAAAGGGCAUGCGGCGCAAACGGACCAGCCACCCUCCCCGGGACAGCAGAGCCCCUGACGCGCCACGAAGACCCCGCGAACCACGACGAGAAGUGCGCGCGGGUCGGCGUUCGGGCCGGACAGCCGCACCCCUGCCUACCACACACCACCGGCACAGAUGGGGAGGAGAGACGAGGGGCCCGCUGGCAGAACGAGAAGCGCGGUCGCCAUUCGCAUGGAAUGACCAUUCGCCAUGAAU